AUCUAUUUAAAAUACACUUUAAAUUGCUAUCAUAGCUACUGACAAUGAGCACGUGGUUACAUAAUACAUAACCUCGAAUUGAACUGAGUUUCUGACAGCGUGUACAGAUACUGUGACAAUGAGUGGUAUGGUUAAACUGUAUCAAAAAUUCCUACGGAAGUAUCCGUUAUGUAUUCAGUCGGUUCAAGCUGGCAUACUAAUGGGAACGGGUGAUCAGAUAGCUCAAAAUUUUGUUGAGCGUCGAAAAAUUGAGGAUUUGAACUUUAUGCGCAGCGCACAGUUUUUCUGCAUUGGCUGUUGUUUGGCGGGUCCCGCAACAAAGACAUGGUACGGAAUUUUGGAAAGGUACAUUGGAUCCAAAAAUUCAGUGGCAGCAUUAAAAAAAGUUGUUUUAGACCAAGGCUGUUUUGCACCAGUUUUUGUAGCAGUAUUGCUAACAGUCAUUGCUACGAUGCAAGGAAACGAUAUUGAAGGAGUUAAGACAAAAUUGAAAAGUGAUUACACGGAUAUACUAUCCAAUAAUUACAAGCUGUGGCCAAUGGUUCAAUUGGCAAACUUUUAUUUCGUUCGAUUGGAGUAUCAAGUGUUGGUUGUACAGACAGUCGCACUCUUCUGGAACACCUAUAUAUCUUACAGGACAAACAGGGAUGUUCAGGGUACUCAUAAAAAUGUAUAAUUAGAUU